GUUUUUGAAAAAGCAUCAACACAGUUUGUACAUUACUAGGCAUUGUUUUUUAUGUUGCGUCUUGAUUGAACUUGACAGACUUUUAUUAGAUAAAGAAAGGAAAUUUAAGAAUCACAAAAUGAAAGAAAUUUACACAGCGUUAUACCCGAACGAGCAAGUCGCCACAAAUGUCGGGGAUUACAGCUUCUCUCAUUCAACCAAGCUGCCAAAGCAUAUCACUGAUCAUCAUGCCUGGGGAGUAGAAACCCAAGAGAGGUCAAACUACAUGAUUAGUCCUCUGCAAGCACAAUUCCAAGUUUGGCUAGCCAAGGCAGUUGGCGCAAAGAGGGUCCUCGAAAUCGGAACCUUCAUCGGCUUUUCAACCAUGGGCUGGUCCGAAGCAGUUAGCACCAACGGCCACGUGACGGCCCUCGAAUUCUCCCCUGAAUACGCCCAAAUAGCCGAAGAAGCCUUCGCCAAAAACUCCAUCACCAACAUCGAAGUAAUCGUCGGCGAUGCCAGAGAAUCGAUCAAGAAACUCAGCACCACAAUCCCCCAACCCUACGACCUAAUCUUCAUCGACGCCGACAAAACAUCCUAUCCAACCUACCUCUCCCAAAUUCUCGAAUACUCUCCCCCUAAUUCAACCUCCGUCCGUCUUCUACGUCAAGGCGGGAUAAUAGUAGCAGAUAACAUCCUACGCCGCGGAUUAGUCGCUGAUCCCAGUGACGCGAAUCCACAAGCGGCGAAGGAGAGAGAGAGGACGUGGCGAGCGGACGAUAUGGAUGCUUUGCACAAGUUUAACGAUAUGAUGGUUGAGAGUGCGCGCUUGGAGACCUUUCUCAUGCCUAUGUUUGACGGGUUGGGAUGUGGGAGGUUGGUUGAUUAGGUUCGGGUCUUUAGUUUCGUUCAGUUGAUAGAAGGGAAAGAGGGGAGAGUAAAGAAG